CCAACAUGGCUGUACGACUAACCCAGCAUCGUCUCCAUGGCAAUUUACGCAAUUGCUCCUGGGAGGAUGCGGGCGAUGAUGACGUCAAGGGCGCGUUUCUGUCACAGUUUCAAAAACUGUAGCCGGUGAGAUGGAGACGGCUGCGACUCGUCUGCUGGAUGCCGUGACCGGUGCCUUGGCUGUGGAUGAAGCGCACCGUGAGGACGGCGAUGGAGACGUGUCGGCCCGGGUAUUGGUGGAUUCCUGUAAGGCGCACUGCAGGAAGCAGAAGAUGCUGUGCGGCCAGCUGCAGGUCCUGCACUUCCUGUUGGAGUUUCUGGAAGAAGCGGAUACGGCGAACUGGGACGAGGCAGCUCCGGAGAUACUGAGCCACAAGCUGGAGGAGGUGAAGCGGCACUGGAAGCUGCUGAAAGCGCAGUACCAGGAGAAGGUCCGGGAGGUGGAGGGGAUCAUCCCGCAGCUCGUCGACCGCCAGCAGCUGCUACGUGAGAAGCAAAAGCUUCUGGAAGAGUCUCUCCAGCGGUACCAGAGGCAGAAGGAAGAGACAAACUCUGUUCUACAGAAAAGGACGGAGCAGGAAGCGGAGCGCCUGCAGGACUUCGCACAGAGACAGCGGCAGGUAGUACAAAAGUGUGCGAUUCAGAUCCAUCAACUGGAGGAGGAGGUGAAGAGACUGGAGGAGUCUGCGAGCAGCUGGGUGCAGACUGUCUCUCGGGACUCCAGUCUUCUCACGGCUCUGCAGGGAUUCUCUGUGGUCUCUGUGGAAGAAAACACGUUGGUUUUGGAUGUGGAUGAGACGACAGACGUGCCGCUGCGCCUGACGCUGCGCUGGAGCCCCCAGGGAGGGUUACAGGUGGAGACUGACGGACUGGUACCUGCCCCGCCGUGUGAGCUGCUGGCCGGCUCCGUGUCUCACGUGAAGUCCGUAAUCUUGGAGCUGCAAGCCUGGUACCGGAGCCAGGGCCACGUCCUGAGGGAGCUCAGCGGGUUACAGGACAGGUUUGCUGUUGAUUGGCUCCCGGCAGAACGCACCCUCCUCUUCCUGAAGGGCAGCACCCAGUGCCUGCUGUUUGUUGAGCCGGGGUAUCCAGCGACAGGGGGGAUUCAGCUCAAGUCUGUGAAAAGUGGCCGACUCUCCUUGGACCCGGCCACGCUGAAGCCGCCCGGGGAGGAGCCUUCCUUGUGUGAUUGGCUGGAAUAUCUGCAGAGCUGUCCUGGGAUUGGCCAGUGAUCUAUGUGGUCUCUUUUUCUAUGGAUGUUAUUGUUAUAAUAAAGACUGUCUCUCAUGUUG